AUGGUCACCUACUGCAAACACACCGGGGAGCGACUCAUGGGUCCCAUGGAGUUCUCAGCCUUGACCUCCGACCCCGAAAACGCUCCCAAGAUCUACCGCCACUCGCGACCGAAGUUCCACGCCAUGCUGCUCGAUCAAUUAGCCGAAGUCGGAUUGAGCGUGGAGUACGGCAAAGAAGCUGUAGACUUCUUCGAGGGCGUAGAAACCGGGCGUGCAGGCGUUGUGGUCCGAGACGGUUCUCGAUAUGAUGCGGACUUGGUGGUGGCGGCUGACGGGGUGCGCACAAGGUCGUGGAAUCUGGUGGCUGGGAAAGAAGUACCGGCCGUGAGCUCAGGCGAUGCCAUUUUUCGGGCAGCCUAUCCGGUCGAGCUGGCGCUCAUAGAUCCGGUAGUAAUGGAGCGGUUCAAGUUGCUUGAAGACGGGAGGUCGGUCAUUGAGCUUUGGGACUUCGGUACUGCCCAGGAGUCAUGGGGCAACAGAGUGCAUCCGGAGGAAGUUUUGAAGUACACCGCGACCAUUGACGGCUGGUCAGAUAUCGGCGAUUGCGUGAUCAAGACCAUUCCGUCCUCUUCGCUAGUAGAUUGGAAGGUGAUGUGGAGAGACCCGCAGCCUCAAUGGACUUCUCCAGGCGGGAGAGUAUGCCAGCUGGGAGACGCUGCUCACACUUUCCUCCCCAGCUCGGGCAACGGAGCGACUCAGGCGAUCGAAGACGCUGUAAGCCUCGCAGCAUGCAUCUCCAUGGGCCGAAUCCGAGAGGGCGUACCCAAUGCAACUCGAGUGCACAACCUCCUCCGCUUCGAGCGAGUGUCCUGUCUCCAGGCUUUCGGCGUUGUCAACAGAAAGAAAGCAAACUCCGGGGGACAAACGGAUGACAAACCGAAGGAUAAGCUCGUGCGGGUGGGACGAUGGAUACUCGAGCACGAUCCUGAGCUUUACGCAUUGGAAAACUACGCUGGUGCAACGGCACAUCUUGCGCAUGGGACUCCUUUCCAGAACACGAAUACGCCUAAGGGCUUGGUCUACAUGCCAUGGACCAUCCAAGGUCUUCUCGAAGCGCAGGAGAAGGGAGAAGCGACGAUUCUGGAUGGCGACUGGGAUUGA